GACUCCGUGAUAAAAUACUCACUGAAGUUGUCGAGCGGCACCGGGGAAGAAUAUGACGAAAAAAUCGAAAUUGACGCUGAAAAGGAAACAGAAACGUUUCACGUACCAAAGACUUCGCCUGAUGAAGAAGCAGGAGAUAUAGUCUACGACUUUAAAAAGGUAAUAGAGUUUUAUUUUCACUCUUGGAGGAAAGCGCCGUGCAUAUAAGCGAUAGGGAUUAGCGUCCUUGGGAGUUUGUAACCUGUUUCGGAUAAUUAUGAAUUAUGAACCGAAAGUACAUGAUUCAAAGUGGUCUUAAAAUUCAGCCUUGCAAUAUAAUUGCCUUUGACGUUCGUGCCUUCUCCGUUUUUUUUUUUCAGAUUUCAAGAUUUCUUCGGGUUUUUUUUUAAGACUUUCAUACUUAAGAUUAAAAAACAAACAAACGAACACCAAAAAUACACAAACAAGCGAACAAAAAAUACAAAGCAAAACCAAACUAAAACAAGCCAAAACGCAAACGAUUUGUAAAAGAAGAAGACUGAGAGUUAGCAGCCCCAUUGAAGCGACGUUUCUAAUCAUUUUCAAAUAAAUGCUAUCUGAAUAGGUUAAUUAAUACAUAAAAGCCCAGCAGAUUUACUUAAUGACCCUUCCAUAGGGGUCGGGCUAAAGUUCUCCGUAAUAUAUAUUGUUUAAACAAAACUUUGAACUAGUUUAUUGAACACGAUAAGUCAUGCAUCUUAAAUUAAAUCUCAACAGAUCAGUAAAGUUUACUAAAGCGCCAAUAUAAAUCAGUAUUUAAAACCUUUGAACAGUAUGAACCCUUGCCGAAACUAUUCGCCAAAAUUAUUUCUUUAUUUCUUUUUUGAUCAAUAAACGAUAUGGCACUUUAACGUGAAAACGUCACUUUGGAAGCAUAAUUUCUUUAAAAAAUGUUUUUGUCGAGACUGUGAUUUCCACGCACAGCCAACGCUAACCGCCUCAGAGGCUUGGAAUUAGUCCAUUGACUCAACAAAACGGCCAAAAUACUCCAUUCACUAAAAUGAUGUGAAAGUUCGCGUGACAGUGAGAAUGUGACCUCCAAGGGGUGCUGGUUGUCGAUAUAGAUUUAAUCAUUAUACUUAAUUCCAUUUUUCCAACAGAAAAUGACAAUGAUACGCUUGCCAGCAGCAAAGGCUUGCUAUUUGACCCAUUCAACUGAUGACGCUCUCAAGCCCGCCGACUUAAUGAAAGCUUUAGCAUUGGUAAGUGCCAAAUACAAUUAAAUCACCUUUGUGAUUCAAGCCAAUUGGAUCAUCAGGAAGUUUACGAGAUAAAAUGCUAGCUCACAAAAACCAUUAGUUUUCCACCGCGGCUGCCCUGGUGUCUGGAUUCCUAUCGCUUUAAUGCUGGUCUUUCUUUUAUGGAUAGGUACCUCCUAAAACAGAUGGAGGGUUGCCAAAGGCUCGAACUGACAUAAAACUAAAAGUUGUAGGAACUCUUGAGGACCGAUCAGAGCUAAGUGAUGAAAUGGCACGUUUGUGUGCCAAGCUGCCAGUCUACGCAGUGGUGAAAGGAGACGUAAAUCCCAUUGACUUUAGCGAAACAAGACAAACAACUGACCCGAAAAAUGUUCUGAAAGCACGUAAGUGA